AUUGAGGUUUAUCUAUAUAGUAACUGACUUAUGUUAGCGAAUGCUACUUUAAGUUUUAACCAUAGAGAAUAUAAGACUGUAUUACAAUUUCAAACUACAUAUUUUUUAUAAGGAAAUUAUAGCUAUCCAGUUUAUUAAGUAAGGUAAAAGGCACGUUUAACAUGGCAAAAUUGUUGUAUAUCAUUAUUUUAGUUUGCUUUAGCAGUUGUUUAAGUAAAAAAUACAACGAUGAAGAAAAGCCGGAAUGGGCGAAGAAAGAUAUUCGUGACUUUAGCGAUGCUGAUAUGGAACGACUUUACGACCAAUGGGAAGAAGAUGAUGAGCCAUUGCCAGAAGACGAACAGCCGGAAUACAAGCGUAAGCCACCUUCGAUAGACUUAAAUAAUCUAGACAUGUCAAACCCGGAAUCUGUAUUACAAGCGACAAAGAAAGGUCAGACUCUGAUGAUGUUUGUAACAGUUGCUAACAAACCUUCGAAAACAAGAACUGAAGAAUUAACUAAGAUUUGGCAAAGUGGUCUUUGGAGCAAUCACAUACAGGCUGAAAGAUAUCUUAUAGAUGAUGAUCGAGCAAUAUUUAUGUUUAAAGAUGGCUCUCAGGCAUGGACAGCCAAAGAAUAUCUUAUAGAGCAAGAUGAACUCAAAGAUGUUCAAUUAGAAAGCCAAACAUAUGUUGGAAAAAAUCCUGAUGUAAAAAAUAAAGCUGUAAGGGAUGAGUUAUAGAUCUGCAAUGCAUUUUACUAAUGCAUAUGAGGAAAUAUUAUGGAAAAUAUUUCAUGCAUUUAAUAAAACAGUGUUUUUGCAAA